AAAACCACGAUGUCUCGCGUUAUCAACUUUGGAGCUGGCCCUUCUGCCCUCCCAGAGAGUGUUUUGCAGGAGGCGGCAUUGGGCUUACUUGACUUUGACGGCACUGGGAUCGGCAUCGCUGAGAUUUCCCAUCGCUCCAAACAGUUUACCGCCUUCCUCAACGACGUAGAGAGUCUUAUUUGCACCCAGCUAGAGGUACCUCCAACCCACAGUAUCCUCUUCACUCAGGGCGGUGGAACUGGCCAGUUUUCGGCUAUCGUGCUCAACCUGCUUGCUCGCCAUCGUCUGCUCCACCCUGACCUCGCCAACGAAGACCGCGUGCUAGACUAUGUCAUUACGGGUUCGUGGAGCAAAAAGGCGACUGAAGAGGCCAGAAGACUGGGUGGUGGACGCGUCAAUGUGGUCGUCGAUGCUAGGCCGUACUCGAAAGAUGCAAAGUCAUUCGACAAUAUUCCUCCCCACAACACCUACACGUUCUCGCCCGACCCCGCGCUGAUAUACUACUGCGAAAACGAGACAGUGGACGGUGUCCAGUUUUCGAGCGACGUGUCUUCUCCAAACUCUUUCCCCUUCCAUCUGUUGCCGCAAGAAGGACUGCUCCCCCUCGUCGCUGAUUAUUCAUCUUCGUUCAUGUCCAGACCGAUCACGCGACUGGCAGACCACGCAGUCAUCUACGCUGGCGCACAGAAGAAUAUUGGCCCCGCUGGUCUCACGAUUAUUAUCGUGCGCAAUGACUGUCUGGUUGAUGUUGACGCAGCAGCCAAGCUCGGCGCUAUACCCGUGCCCAUCUCAAUGUCCUACAAGACCCUGGCUGACGGCAACAGCGUCUACAACACACCGCCAGUGCUGCCGAUCUACAUAUCUGGCCUUGUUCUGCGUCGCAUGAAGGAGCUCGGAGGCGUGCAGUAUUUUGAGCAGCUUAAUAAGCGCAAGGCGGACAAACUCUACGCUGCCAUCCAGGCUGGGGAAGACAAGGGCCUGUUCAAGGCUAAGGUGCAAGAAGGCUCGCGCAGUCUGAUGAAUGUCGUCUUCGAUGUCAUAGGCGACGAGGCCAAAUUUGUCGCUGGGGCGGAGGAAAAGGGUAUGAAGGCCAUCAAGGGCCACCGCUCGGUCGGCGGGAUUCGCAUUUCCCUCUACAACGCAGUAACGGAGGAGCAGACAGAUGCAAUCGUCGAGUAUAUGAAACAAUUUGUGUCGGACACUGACACGCAGGGUCAGGCUUGA